UGAUAUGAUGCAAUAAAAUCGAUGGUUUGUUUAUAUUCCCAUGUGGCGCGAUAGUGGUAUAGGUAAUGUAAACAUUACCUUGGUAAUGUUUCGCAGUAUGAAGUAUAGGCUGUUACUAAAGAAAAUUAUUCCAGAAUGUCGGGAAAUGUUCAUAAGAAAGGGGAGGUCUGUAAGAAUUACCGGCAGUGGACGUCCCAUGUGUUGUUAUAUGAAUCUUCACUUCUAUUCUCCAAAAAUAAGGCCUAUUACGAAUCCAAGAGUUGAGAACUGUGGCAACGCACGUCAUUAUAAUGCUGUUAACGUCGAAGAAACGCGCGCCGUUACGGUUACAGAUAUUAAGAAGUCCCUGAGGAAUCAUAAUCUAACUUUUGAGGAUGGGCAUGCUUGUAUUUCCGUGAAAUGUCCGGUGUGUAUCUACUUACAAGAGCCAGACAACAAUACUGGCAGAGCUUACAUAAAUAAAACUACAGGGUAUUUUGUUUGCUAUAAAUGUAAGCAUGCUGGUCCUUGGGAUAUUAUGGAGAAAGUUAUACAGCAGCACAAAAAGAAGAAGCCUUUUUCGAAAUCUGAAAAUGACAUUUUAAAACAUAUCGCUAUUUCAAAUGACAAAGUGAAACAGUACUGGAAGAAUCUUGAAAAUACCACAACAGCUCUUCAUGAUGUACCAGAAUCUCAGCUACUCACUGAAUUACGCUUAUUUGACAUAAAUAAUGUUCCAUUAUCAGUUCUUUUGCAAUGUGGUGCAAGGAUAGACUUGGAGGCCUCAAAAUUGUAUUUUCCUUUGCACAGUAUUGAAGAAGAAAUAGCAGGAAUUAAAAUACUUACGAGAACUGGUGAAGAAACCAUUCCACAUAGUGGUUGUGGAGGCUUUCUUAAUCCACAGGUAUCGAAAGGUGCAAAACAUCACACAGUUGUUAUUGUAUCUUCAGUACUAGAUGCUCUGGUCCUGCUUUCUCAGAAGCCAGCCUUUCAUGUGCUGUGUCUCCCACAUGGUAUUACAAGUUUACCACAGCUCCUGUUACCAUUUCUUGAAUGUUACAAUAAGAUUGUACUGUGGCUUGGAAAUGAUGUUGGAGCUUGGGAUGCUGCAAGGAUGUUUGCUAAAAAGAUGAGUGAGCGGAGGUGCUAUUUUGUCAGACCAACGGAGAAACAAAUUUCUGCUGCUGUUGCUUCAAACCUAGGUCAGGAUUUGAAGGGAAUUGUAAAUACUGCCCAGCCCGUUUGGCACCAAGCAAUUACAACCUUCUCUUCGCUACGAGAAGAUGUUCUGUCAGAGUUGCAGAACAUAGAUAAAGUCCAGGGUGUGAAGUGGAAGAGGUUCCCAACACUCACAAAAAUAUUGAAAGGUCACCGACGUGGUGAAUUCACUGUCCUGACAGGUCCUACUGGUAGUGGUAAAACUACCUUUGUGAGUGAGUAUUCCUUGGAUCUAGCCAUGCAAGGUGUAAAUACUCUUUGGGGGAGUUUUGAAAUACGUAAUGCCCGUUUAGCAAGGACAAUGCUUCAGCAAAUGGCGACAGUACCAUUAGAUACACACUUGGAACAGUUUGAUUACUGGGCUGAUGUUUUUGAAAAAUUGCCAAUUUAUUUCAUGACCUUUCACGGGCAACAACCAGUACGUGUUGUAAUGGAAGCCGUUGAACAUGCAGCUUAUGUUCAUGAUAUUGCCCAUGUAAUUAUUGAUAAUGUCCAAUUUAUGAUGGGGAUUUCUGAAGAGCCACGAAACAAUGACAGAUUUUGGAAACAAGAUGCCAUAAUUGCAUCAUUCCGCUCAUUUGCCACAAAGAAGAACUGUCAUGUUACUUUGGUUAUUCAUCCUAGAAAAGAGAGAGAUGCUGAUGACUUAACAACAAAUUCAAUUUUUGGCAGUGCAAAAGCUGCCCAGGAGGCAGAUAAUGUGCUUAUAAUACAAGACAAAAGGCUGACUUCUGUCAGAGGCAAAAAGUACUUACAGGUGGCUAAAAACAGAUAUACUGGUGAUCUUGGUAUGAUGCCCUUGGAGUUUGACAAAGACAGUUUAAGUUAUGGACAUCACAAGAAAAAGAGCAAAGAUAAAGAACAGUGAUGGAAGAACCAUAGUGUACAACACAUUAGAUUUACUGUUGUGUCAAAAGAAAAAGAGCGAAGAUAAAGGACAGUAAUGGAAGAACCAUAGUGUAUAACACAUUAGAUUUACUGUUGUGUCAAAAUUGAUACUUUUUAGCAGGCUAUGUCAUUGCUUGAAACAACCAGUACUUUUAGCAAUAAUUCCUGCAAUAAUAUUUAUAACUUCCUACAAAAAUAAAAAAGAGCUUACACACAAAUUCAAAGUUCUUCAUGGUAAGCUU